UCUAUCUCUGUCUAAUAUAAUCUAGAGGCAAAGGUUGCCUUACAUCGCACACGUCUACAAGCGCGGGCAUAAAGGACACGAGUAACACGUCAGAGCUGUUAAUAAUUUACAGGAAAACAUUACAAUCCCCGCUCGCUCGCUCGCUCGCGCGCGAUCGGUCGACGUGUCGCGCGCCGACGUUGCGCGCGGUGUAAACAAGGCGCAACGCGCAUUCGUGUGUGCGGGACGGGCAGCGCGAGCGUUUAUUAUUAUGGCGAUUACGCGCUUGUAGCGGCGCGAACAGCUGACUCGACGGAUGUUUUCCCGCGCGGUGUUUCGCGACGGCCGUACGCACGACUGGGUGAAGUAGAGAGAGAGAGAGAGAGAGAGAGAGAGAGAGAGAGCGCGAGAGACGGGAAGGUUUUUUCCCUCGGCCCGAGCGCGGUCGUUCGCGGACGGUUCUCCGGCGGGCCGCCCGCUGUGUUUUUGUUGACACACGUCGGCCCGUCGCCGCGGCAAGAUGCGUAUUGACGUGUCCUAAUGACGUAAUUGGUCGAAGAGGCGAGACGGUACCCACGAAUGUCCACGUAUGUACGUGUCGAUCGUGCGAUCAAUCGCGCGCCCCGCAUAACCCGCGUGCCCGAGCGGGCGAUGAGCGCGUUAAGGUCACGGGCGAGUUUGUAGGCUUUUCUUUGGUGAUGAGGUGGGCCCGCGUGUGAAAAGUGUCUUCGCCGUAGCUAUGAAGUCCAACGGAGGCGUCGUGCUCCUCGUGCUCCUUACGUCGCUCCUCCUGAGCACCGCCGAGCACGAGGGCGGCGCGAAGAAGCGCGGCGACAUCACGCAGAAGUCGAACGGCAACGAGGAGACGGAGGAGGAGGUGCCCAUCGAGGAUAUGGAGAGCGCCUUCGAGCAGCUGCGCGAGCUGAAUGCCCUGCGCGACACGAUACUGAAACUCGUGCCGGCCUCCGAGCCGAUCUACGAGAAGAUCGGCAAGCAGGCGGACGGCAAGGAGGCCGGGGACGACAAGACGGUCGUGGAGACGUCCGGCGAGGAGGCCCUGGACAAUCGUGCGACGAGGAACGUGUGGAUGAAGACUAUGAUAGCCGAAACGAAGGACAUCGACUCGGUUAUAAACGAGAGGUCGUUGGACGAAGAGGACGCGAGGUCCUGGACCCAAACGCCCACCGAGAUACUCCCCUCCGAGGAGGAGGAACAAAAGUUAACGGCGGAGCAACAAGCAGCUGAGCUGUUGUUCAAGAAAGCGGAGGGCAUCAUAAACGCGAUGCGCGCCAACAAGCACGAGGGUUACAGACUGCUCGUCGAGGCGGCAAAGUUGGGCCACAGAGAGGCCAGGUCGAUAUUGGCGUGGGCGAGGUUACUCGGAACUCCCUUGGGCCCCGCUUCUCUGCGAGUGGCCAUUGACGACAUACCUAAUAUAUUCAAAGUUUUCCAGGAACUUGCGGACACGGGACUCCCAUCCGCCCACAUGGGAAUGGGAUUUUUAUUCGCGACUGGUAUUGGCGGCGUUAACGCGUCGCAAGGAAAGGCUUUACUUCAUUAUACUAUAGCUGCUCUUGGUGGUGACGUUCGUGCUCAGAUGGUGAUGGGAUAUCGCCAUUGGGCGGGCGUCACGACACCGGCUUCCUGCGAACGUGCUUUGGACUUUUAUCGCAAAGUGGCGAAGAAGGUCGCGGAGGAAGUCUCGCUGAGCGGCGGUCCACUGGUUCAGCGGGUUCGGCUUUUAGACGAGCACGAGAACCCGGGAUACACCUCUGGAAUUUUUGACCAAGAUUUGAUAGAGUACUAUCAGCUUUUGGCAAAAAAAGGCGACACCCAAGCACAAGUUGGACUUGGGCAGCUUCAUUAUCAAGGAGGUAGAGGGGUUCCCUUGGAUCACGAAAGAGCUGUGCAGUAUUUUCAACACGCUGCCGACGCUGGCAAUCCAGUCGCCAUGGCGUUUCUCGGAAAGAUUUAUCUAGAAGGAAGUGAAAUUGUUAAGCAAGACAAUGAAACGGCAUAUAAAUAUUUCAAGAAAGCCGCAGAGUUGGGCAAUCCCGUAGGCCAAAGUGGACUGGGUCUGAUGUACUUGUACGGAAUGGGAGUAGAAAGAAACACUGCUAAAGCAUUGCAGUACUUCAGCCAAGCCGCGGAACAAGGCUGGGUCGAUGGGCAGUUGCAGCUGGGCAAUAUGUAUUUCAGUGGCAUAGGCGUCAGGCGAGACUACAAAAUGGCAAACAAAUAUUUUAAUUUAGCCAGUCAAUCCGGUCACGUGCUGGCGUACUAUAAUCUCGCGCAGAUGCAUGCCACCGGCACUGGAAUGAUGAGAAGUUGCCCAACAGCUGUGGAAUUGAUGAAAAACGUUGCCGAAAGAGGAAAAUGGAGCGAUCAAUUGAUGGUGGCCCAUAACGAUUAUAGAGAAGGCAGAGUGAACGAGGCGUUCCUCAAUUACGCCCUGUUUUCCGAAAUGGGCUACGAGGUUGCGCAGAGUAACGCGGCGUUUAUUUUAGAUAGAGCGGAAACCGAUAUUUUAUCGGAGGAAGAGGGCUUAGUUAGAGCUCUGGCGCUGUGGGCGCGAGCUGCCGCACAAGGAUAUUCCGCUGCGCAGGUUAAACUUGGCGACGCGCAUUACUACGGCAGAGGAACAAAAGUCGAUUACGAGGCUGCCGCGAGCCACUACCGUUCGGCGUCCGAGCAACAGCACAACGCUCAAGCCAUGUUCAACUUGGGAUACAUGCACGAACGCGGCCUAGGUUUAGCCAAAGAUCGGCACUUGGCUAAACGGUGCUACGAUUUAGCCGCGGAAGCUAGUCCUGACGCGCGAAUACCCGUAGCGUUAGCUUUGAUCAAACUUUCUUUCCUCUUUGGCUUCGAUUACCUACAAGAAUUCAGUUUAGUCGAUCAAUUGGAUAAAUGGGAUCAAUUGCUCGGACAAAACUGGGAUCUGUAUCUUAUCGGAUUUCUCACAGGAAUGCUUAGUCUUAUUAUAUACUUCCGCAGACCGCAGCCACCUCCCCCACCGAGACCUCCUGUUAACUAAAUUUUGUACUGUCAUUCAUUUUAUCUCUUAUACAUAUAUGAAUAUACAUAGAUUUUUCUAGACUAAGCUUGGAAAGAAUUUUAUAAGAGAUUCGUGUAUUGGGACAUCAUUUUUGAUAAACAUCCUUCCGAUGUAAUAACCUCGAGUUCAAUAUUUCAGUGCAUUAAAUUGUACAUAUUGUAGUAAUUUACUUCUCAGAGAUUACGCCUAAAUUUAUUGAAAAUUGUAUAACACUGCAACGAAUAUAAUUGGUCAGUUUUCUAUUAUUUACGUUAUUUUCCUUUUCGAUUAUUAUUCGUAUACUCGUACGUGGACUCUGAGCUUAGUUCCUAGUUUAUAAAGUUCCAUGAUUAAGCUCAAUGUGUAUAUCAUGUGAGAAGGGAUAUUGCCCGUAAAUGGAUGGAUUUAUGAUGAACAAUUUUCGAGUUUCCUCUUUCCGUAAGACAGAAUCAUGAAUAAGUUCAUCCAAAUUUGCAUUUCUCUAUAUCAUAUUUUCUUAAAAAAUGUAAACUUUAAAUUACCUUUGCAACAAUAUUAUUUCAUGAUAGUUUUGUUCAAUUAAAUCACUUAUACAGCUUUUUUCAGUGACACAUUUGUAAUUACCUUAGAUUACACACGAUACAUAUUAAAAUACUACAAAAUAUUGCUGUAAUAUAAAAUACGAAUUAAAAGGUUGUUGAUUAUUUAUCUAAUAAAAUUGUUUUAUUGCCAAAGAAUAUUACAAUCUUUACGCGCAUGAUAUUGACUGUGGCUGUGUAAACAAUUGUAAUUGCGCAGAUAGAUUGAAUUGUAUAUACGCCAAAAUUGGAAGCGUAUAAGUGUCAUUGGUACAUGGGCUGUAUGAAUGCAGUCAUACUAUUACAUGACAAAUAUUGACGUUUCUUACAUUACGUGCCCUAAUUUUGUAACUUGUUCUAUCGCAUUAUAUGUAUACAGGAUAUGUCAGAGUUUUAUAACGUAGUCAGCGAUAUUGCGAAAAACCAAAGUACAAAUUUAUUUCUUUGCUUCACCAUACUUUUGUUUGAAUUAUAUUGAAGCAGACACAAAUAUAAUUGAUACUUAAAGCAGUAUUGGAUAACUUGGAAUAUCCUGUAUGUAAAUAUGUACCACUUACCAUUUGUUGUAUUUCUUUUAUAUUUCCUUAUGUGUUAAACUUUUAUUAUAUUGUAUUAAGAAUCAUGUUAUUUCAAUUGAUGUUUUAUGUUAA